AUCAAAACAAAACCACCCAACGGCGAAAGUUGGAACUGUGCUAAUUUCAGUCAUAUGUCGGAGACGACUGCGAUUUUUUUUGUCUUCCUUUUUUCAAGUUUUGAAUCUUUUGGUUGCAGUUUUGUCUGUAGUCUUUUAACGUCUUUCUAACUAUCUUGACUCUUCCUCUAUGUUCUGUAUCGAAAUAUUUGAACUCGUGUGAUAGCCAUUUUAAGUAUUGACAGUUCGCUAACGAACAAUUAACGCACAAAAAUGGCCAAUCAGAAAAUUAUCAAUUGUAUUUCUAAUAAAACAUUUCAUAUUCUAAACUGUGCCUUCCUAAUUGUAGUGCUCAUCUUCCAAUCUCUUGUUCUCAAUACCUACAUAAUCUCCUACACGUGGAAUUGGGAUCUUGCCAGUUACUUUUGGUUUCUUGGCGAUCUUUUCUUGGCUGGUCUGUUUGUUGCCAUGUCCAUUAAGGCAUAUUCUUACCUGUCUGAACAAAAACUGCUGAAGAAAAAUGAAGAACAACACAGUCUAACUCCAGUUCGAAGUCCAGUAGGAAAAAGCAUUCUUGGAGUUCUCCCUCUUUGCUAUCUGGCAUGGAUUUGCUAUGCCAUUUGCCUAGUCACCAAAGUAGCCUUCAUAUUCAAGUCUGAAAUAAUCAACACAUUGAAAUCUCAAGAUGUCUUUGGUCCUCAAUUGUUGAAGUUUACAAUUUCGUCGUCAACUAUUGUAUUCAUGUUAUUGGUUGCCGCCCAUCAUGAUUCAGAAAAAGAUUCCCAGCGUGCUCUUGCCAUCAAAUCCAUGUGCACUAAUACGGCUUUCGAACUGCUAGAUUCCGUUGCUUUCCUCAGUAUUCUCAUCAUAAAAGAAUCUCAUCUCGCUGUUACUUACGACUUCGAAAAUUUUGUUCUUGUUUUUGCAUGCAUAAAUUUCUUCCUGCCAACUAUCGCCCUCUAUCAAUAUUCGUUGAGUGAUUUUGGGCAAUUAGAGAAACCACUUGAUUUGAACGGUGUCUACCACCUCAGUCACAUGUCUUUGGUUAACAUCCCUUACUUAGCCGUUCGUAUCUAUUUGUGGUCGGGUUAUGGAUCUGAUAUUUCCCUUUUCGUCAUGAAAAAUAUUUUUGGUAUAUUGUGGCAUAUCAAAGACAUUAUCCCUGAUUUCGUUCUGUUACAUAAACAGUGCCAAGCUAUGCGCGGCGGUGUCGUUCCCCAUCGUAAAGUUGUCGUCGAAUGCAAAGACGAUGUUGUUGAACUCGAACAAAUGUAAAUGACUGACACACUUAUAUCAUAUAACCUAAUACUCUUAACCUUGGCCAUCAACAGUGACAAUAUACAUCUCAAUCCAA